UCAAAACGUCGAGGCGGUUUAAGUAAAACAUCAACUCAGCUAAAAGUUCAUCAGAAGACUCACACAGGAGAGCAGAAGAAAGGCUUCUCUGACUGUGGAACUAGUUUCUGUCAACUUUCCCACUUAAAAACACAUGAACGUAUACAUACAGGAGAGAAGCCGUACGUCUGCUUUGACUGUGGGGCAAGUUUCUCUCGUCUGGGCACCUUAAAAACACACCAACGUAUACACACAGGAGAGAAGCCUUACGUCUGCUCUGACUGUGGAAAAUGCUUCACAACAUACACUGUGCUAAAAGUUCAUCAGAGAACACACACAGGAGAGAAGCCUUAUUCCUGCUCUGACUGUGGAAAGAGUUUCUCUCAACUUAACAACUUAAAAUCACAUGAACGAAUUCAUACAGGGGAGAAGCCUUAUUCCUGCUCUGACUGUGGAAAAUGUUUUAAAACAUCAAAUGAGCUAAAAGUUCAUCAGAGAACACACACAGGAGAGAAGCCUUUCUUCUGCUCUGACUGUGGAAAAUGCUUCACAACAUCAAGUGAUCUAAAACUUCAUCAGAGAACACACACAGGAGAGAAGCCUUAUUACUGCUCUGACUGUGGAAAACGUUUUAAAACAUCAACUCAGCUAAACGUUCAUCAGAAGACUCACACAGGAGAGAAGCCUUUCCUCUGCUCUGACUGUGGGGCGAGUUUCUCUCAUCUGGGCACCUUAAAAACACACCAACUUAUACACACCGGAGAGAAGCCUUACGUCUGCUCUGACUGUGGAAAAUGCUUCAAAGCAUCAACUGAGCUAAAAGUUCAUCAGAGAACACACACAGGAGAGAAGCCGUAUUGCUGCUCUGACUGUGGAACUAGUUUCUCUAAAUUUUCCCAAUUAAAAACACAUGAACAUAUACAUACAGGAGAGAAGCCUUACGUCUGCUCUGACUGUGGGGCGAGUUUCUCUCAUCUUGGCAACUUGAAAACACACCAACGUAUACACACAGGAGAGAAGCCUUAUUCCUGCUCUGACUGUGGAAAGAGUUUCUCUCAACUUAACAACUUAAAAUCACAUGAACGUAUACACACAGGAGAGAAGCCUUACGUCUGCUCUGACUGUAGAAAAAGCUUCACAACAUCAACUCAUCUAAAAGUUCAUCAGAGAACACACACAGGAGAGAAGCCUUACUCCUGCUCUGACUGUGGAAAACGUUUUAAAGCAUCAAAUGUGCUAAAAGUUCAUCAGACAACACACACAGGAGAGAAGCCUUACUCCUGCUCUGACUGUGGAAAACGUUUUAAAACAUCAACUCAGCUAAAAGUUCAUCAGAGGACUCACACAGGAGAGAAGCCUUUCUUCUGCUCUGACUGUGGGGUGAGUUUCUCUCAUCAGGGCACCUUAAAAACACACCAACUUAUACACACCGGAGAGAAGCCUUACGUCUGCUCUGACUGUGGAAAAUGCUUCAAAACAUCAACUGAGCUAAAAGUUCAUCAGAGAACACACACAUGAGAGAAGCCUGCUUACGUCUUCUCUGAUUAUUGGUUGAGUUUCUCUCACCAUAGCAACUUAACACACCAAUGUAUACACACAGGGGAGAAGCCUUACUCCUGCUCUGUGGAGGGGUGGGAGUGUAAGUCAAACGUCUAGCCAAAGGCUGCUUGUUUGAAUCUUAUCAAGGAGGACUUUAGCAUUUUAGCUAAUUAGCAACUUUGCAACUUCUUACUACUUUUUAGCUAUGUCAGCAUGUUAGCUUAGC